AUGAAACUGCUCUACCCGACCUCGCUGCACAUCGACACAAAGUCUCUGGAAGGCUUCUCCGUCGAUCUGCACGCAUACGACGUCACACUCCCUAUCCCGGAGUCCCUAAUCGACGCCGACUUCCUGGUAACAUGGAGCAACAAAGCGACCAAUCUCCGCGACGCCGCCCAACGCAUGAAAAACCUCCGCUGGAUCCAGUCACUAGCCGCUGGUCCAAAUGACGUGCUCUCUGCAGGGUUCGACACAUCCCGUGUCGCUAUCACCACCGGUUCCGGGUUACAUGAUGAAACCGUCGCUGAGCACACUCUCGGUCUAUUGCUGAAUGCCGCCCGCCGUUUCUAUGAAAUGCGCGAUUACCAAAACCGCGGCGAGUGGCCCGGUCACCUGGGCGGCGCCCAGCCAGACCGCGAGCCGGGCACCUUCCGCACCCUCAAGGGCGCAAACAUUACUAUCUGGGGGUUCGGAAAUAUUGCCAAGACCCUCGCGCCCGUGCUGACUGCGCUCGGGGCGAAUGUCACCGGCGUUGCGCGGAGUUCCGGUGUGCGGAAUGGAUAUGAGGUUGUUGCGGAGGAUCGAUUGCCCGAGAUCCUGCCCAAGACUGAUGCGCUUGUUAUGAUCCUUCCUGGAUCGGAAAGUACCAAUGGUGCGCUGAACGCUGAGCGGUUGGCGUUGCUGCCAAGCCAUGCUUGGGUUGUGAAUGUUGGCCGUGGAACCUCUGUCGAUGAGGAUGCGCUUGUUCAGGCACUAGAGGGGGGAAGCAUCGGUGGUGCUGCGUUAGAUGUAUUCUCCCAGGAGCCGCUUCCUAAGGAGUCAAAGCUUUAUGCCGCGCCUAAUCUUGUGCUCUCGCCUCAUGCUGCGGGAGGACGGCCUCGCGAGGCGGAGGCGCUCAUUGGCUAUAACUUGAGACGGCUUCUUGCUGGACAGGAGCUGAAGAAUAUUAUCUGA